AUGCCAGCUUUCAUGGGCUCGGCUCGGCUGUUCCUCUUUGGCCACUCCGAGGGGGCUAUGGUCGCCGCCAGGUACUACCAUCCGGCACUUGCGGAGCGCUUGAGCGGCAGAAUCAUUUCAGCCUGGAGCUGCGAGGAAAAUUAUUUCGUGGGCUCGAAAGCGGGCUCCCUGAUCUGCGAUGGGCAAUGUGAAGAGCGUGCCCCUGUGCUCAAUAUCAUUGGGACUGAAGACCAGUUCUUCUCAAGCCGGAGCUUCUCCGUAGCUGCACAGGUGGCCAACUCGUCGGUACACUAUGGGUCCAAGGAGCUUCGUGGCCACUGCCUGAACUCUUUUGGCGCUGGAAAUGUCAGGUCUUCUGCUGUUCUGCUGCUGCAGGGGGCAAGUCAUGAUGUUUCUUUGACUCAUGACGAUGCCUCUCGCAGCUUCCUCAGCGAGUUCUUGAGCUCCCCCCAUGACUUCGUGCGCGGAGAUGCGCGAUCUUUGAAGCUCUUGUGCAAGACGGAGAAGCGCGGGUUGCAUCUGUGCCAGGAAGAUGGUCAGACCGAACCUCUACUUGAGACAGAGUCGGGCCUGGCGCACACCGUCUACCACUUCCCACCUUGCGGCGCCAGCACAUCGGAGCUGCCCUCCGUCGCGGCGGGGCGGGCUGUAGCGUUCCUGCUACCUUCUUGGCUGCUCCAGGGUGCCGAUGACGUGACCUUGGUCGGCCUCGCCCUGUUUCUGCGACUGGCCAUCGCCUUCUUCGCGGUCUUCGUCUGCUGCUUCCUACUGUGUGGCUGCCGCCGCGGCGUGCCAGGGAUCUCGAAGUGGGUUCGGGGUUCGCAGACAAGACCUCGUGUGGCCGAUGUCACCAGGACGCUUUUCCAGCCCAUUUUAAACGGGGCACUCCUGGGAGAAGAUGAAGCUCACAGGCUCCAUUGCAAGUUAAAUCUGGUAUCCAUGAUGCCUCAGUGUUUGGGAAUUAGCGUAGAAAUUGGCUAG